GGCACCACAUGGCACCAAACAGGUUAUCAGUCAAAGCGCUCCGCUCUGUGUAACCCUGUAGGUUGUCGUCAUUGGCUAGAAAUAUUAUGCAAAGGUCUGUCAUGGAGACAUGUAUCUCCACGCGUCACAUAUAAGGCCAGUCGUUACAAUUUGCGUCUGCAGCUCACCCUUUCCUUGUCCACCCUAGGUAUCUGAUGGCGGCGUUAUUCUACUACUCGUCUGGCCUGAUCAUCGCGGGGUCGGUGUCACAUACCAUUGCUAUACUCUGCACCAUCGCCAGGCUUAUUUACAGAACCUGGACGCGUCACUUCUGGUGGGAAGAUGCAUGGGCGGCAGUUGCACUGAUCACAGACGCUCUUUGCCUGGCAAGCAUCUGGCUCGACGCAAGAAUAACUUCCUGGAUCCUCUCAGUCACACUCACCUCCGUCAUCUGGGCUGCGCGCAUGAGCAUCAUUUUCUCCAUAAUCCGCAUCGCCAACCACUCAGGGUGCAAGAUCUACAAACGGAUUACGUAUCUUAUUGCAGUAUCCUUCGCGUGCAUGUGGGCCGCGCUGAUUGCCCAAAAGAUGAGCACAUGCAAAAUCAGCGGGUGCCUAAUGCCGGAGUCAGUGGCGCUCUCACAACUGAUCACGGCUGUCAUCGCGGACGUCUCCCUUGUUGUUGCGCCGUUGUAUCUCUGGAACAACGUAGGGCUCUCGCGUAGCAGAAAAAUAUUAGUCCUAUCUGCGUUCGGCGCAUCUAUUCUAAUCACCGCCAUCACAAUCCCCCACUCUAUAGGCCUCUCCAUGGGCCAAACAGCAACUGUGCUCACCUUGGCACACGUCAAGGCUGCCCUCAGUCUCAUCGUCUGCAACCUCCUGGUGAUCGUGACCUUCUUAUACCGCAUGUGCUCAAAGGAAACGUUCGAUCUUGACCAAUCAUUCACAUCCAAUCAAGUCUUCACAAGCAUCAUCCUGUCACAGGUGCCCGGUAGUACAAUCGCCGAGACGUCACUCUCUAUACAAGAGGAGGAAACCUCGAGACAGAACAAUAUGGCGCAGACUGGAGCGACGAAGCCAAAGAAUGAAGAUGCAAGCAUGCGUUAUGCCGAAGAGGGCACUAGUACCCAGAAAGAUGGCGAGCAAUGAUUGAUCGAGAGGGAAGUUGCGAAAUAUGAUGGCAGCCCGCGUUCCCAUAUGUUAAUAUGUACAUACAAGUUGUGUAGGAUUGAACUGGAGUGG